AAAAAAAAAUGUUUCAUAUCGUAACGAGUUCUUAAUCUGUGGUAUCGGCGUCGGAAGAGUGAUACAAAAGCAUCAGUUGUUUUUAUUUUAAAAUUUAGAUAUUUAUCAUAAUUGUGAAUCAAUUCUCAAAUAAAGAAUAAUGGCGACCACAUCAAAACCCCGUUCUGAAAUGACUUUAGAGGAAUUAGCAAAGAUAGAAGAGGAAGAAUUUAGUACGGGUCCCCUUUCUGUACUUACACAGUCCGUUAAAAACAACACCCAAGUUCUAAUAAAUUGUAGGAACAAUAAAAAACUACUGGGACGCGUGAAAGCAUUCGACCGGCAUUGUAAUAUGGUUCUUGAAAAUGUCAAAGAGAUGUGGACGGAGGUUCCGAGAACGGGUAAAGGAAAGAAGGGAAAAGCUGUGAACAAAGACAGGUUUAUCUCAAAAAUGUUUCUACGAGGAGACUCUGUUAUACUGGUGUUAAGAAAUCCACUUGCUACAGCAGCUGGGAAAUGAUUUCAUAUGCAUUCGGAUUUAGGUUAAUUAUAUAAAUAAGAAUUGUCGUGUAAUAUUUGCGAAAACUUUCAUACAAAUAAAUAAACCAAAACUGCAAAAA